AUGUAAGUGAAUUAAUUUUACAACAAUAUUUUAUUAGUAUUAUGUAUGAUGAUAAUUAAUAGGUGCAAUUGAUAAAAAUGAGAGUUGAUGCAAUAAGAAUUAUAUAUGUAGAUAUAAUUUAUGAAUAUUUUAUAAAUCCAAGGAAGGCAACCCUAAAAGAAUUUGGAACCUAAAAAUUGAAUAAUCUCGACAAUCACAUCAAACAAACUGAUCAAAAGAUUUUAAAUACCAAAAUUUUGAUAAAAAAUUUUUGAGUUUAAGCAUCUGCAAUCUUGUAUCCAGAGGUGAUUACUAUUAUACUAUAUGGAAUAAUAUAUUGGAUUACAAAAAUAUCAAGUUUGAUUUACAUAUGGAUGGUCCAUUAAAAUAUAUUGAAUAACUGCCAUUUAUAGUAAAUGUGCUAUCCAUUUAAUUGUCAAG